AUGACUGGGUCUAUGGACAAUACUCCCAAAGGGGGGUUUUCCCUCAUCUAUCAGAAUCCCUAUCUUCUUGGGGUCGCAUCAUUCUCAACUCUCGGUGGGUUGCUCUUUGGCUAUGACCAAGGUGUUAUUUCCGGGGUUAUUACCAUGGAGUCGUUCGGGGCCCGCUUCCCUCGUAUCUACACAGAUAGCAGCUUCAAAGGAUGGUUCGUGUCUACGCUCCUUCUUGCUGCCUGGUUUGGCUCCCUCAUCAACGGACCCAUUGCCGACAGACUUGGACGCAAGCUAUCAAUCAACCUAGCAGUUGUAAUUUUUGUCAUUGGUUCGGCCAUUCAAUGCGGCGCAGUGACCAUCCCGAUGCUUUUUGCCGGGAGAGCUAUCGCAGGUCUGGCAGUUGGUCAGCUGACCAUGGUGGUGCCUCUGUACAUUUCAGAGGUUUCUGUUGCCGAAAUUCGAGGUAGUCUUGUCGUCAUUCAACAACUCUCUAUAACCAUUGGUAUUCUGGUCAGUUAUUGGAUCAACUAUGGCACAAACUACAUCGGAGGGUCACGCUGCGCCCCGGAUGUUCCUUUCAGCAAUGGUUCCAAAUUUGAUCCCUAUCGCGAUGUGCCAUCGGGCGGCUGUGACGGACAGUCUGAAGCGUCCUGGAGAUUACCCUUGGCUCUUCAGAUCGUCCCAGCCAUGAUCCUCGGGCUGGGCAUGUUUUUCUUCCCUGACACUCCGCGAUGGCUAAUGAUGAAGGAGCGAUACGAUGACGCGUUGAGGUCACUGUCCAAACUGAGACGGAAAGACAGGGACUGCCCGGAACUCGUUAAUGAAUACCUGGAAAUCAAAGCUUCAAUUUUGUUGGAGAACACCUUUUCGCGAGAACAUUUUCCGAACAUGUCUGGCCUUCGAUUGCAUGCUGCUCAGUACCUCUCAUUCCUGACCACAUGGGCCCGGUUCAAGCGGCUGGCAAUCGGAUGCUCCGUCAUGUUCUUUCAGCAGUUCAUGGGCUGCAAUGCCAUGAUUUACUACGCCCCUACGAUCUUUGGGCAACUUGGACUGGACGGUAACACGACCUCACUCCUCGCUACCGGCGUCUAUGGAAUCGUGAACUGCCUCAGCACUCUUCCAGCACUUUUCUUGAUCGACAAGGUUGGCCGUCGUCCUUUGUUGAUGACUGGGGCCACGGGCACCUGCAUUUCCCUGGCAAUCGUAGGCGGCAUUAUCGGCGCCUAUGGAUCAGACUUGGUCAAUCACAAAUCCGCUGGGUGGGCGGGGAUUGCCUUUAUCUAUAUCUACGAUAUCAACUUUUCAUACUCUUUCGGUCUGUGUGCCCUCAUCUCGUCACCUAUCUGA